GGUGUGAUGCCUCCGUUUGGAAUACAGCAUUUACGAUCACAUACCUUAAUAUAGUGUUAAAUAAUUAUGAAUCUGAGUGGAAACCUGCACACGAACGUGCCACAAAUUGGGUGACUAACCAAAUAAAUGAUCCUGAAUUGGAGAAAGAAUUAUUCUCAGCGUGUGAGCAAUACUUGUUUGAACUAGGCUUUGAUCUUCUUAAUAAUUCCAACGAAGCACAAACAUCCAAGUCAGUAGAUAUAAGUCCCACUCGUUAUGGGUCUGAUGGUGUAAUACGUUCACCUAAAGAUGCAUAUCUCAAUUCUGAAUUAAUUGUUGUUGGUGCCGCAUGCACAGCUAACCGUAAACUUAAACAAACUCUUGAUGCAGCUAAGGAAGAGGUUGAUAAAGCUCAAGCACGAGAAAGAAUUCUUGCAUUUGCGGAAGAAGAAGUUGAGAGAUUAUUUGCCAAAAAUGUCACACAUAGUGAUAAAAAUGAUGUGUUGCAACGUGCUAAACGCGCCGCUCGUUUCUUGGUUGAUGAAUAUUUUGGUCAAGGCU